CAUUAAAAUUCAAUGCUAUAAUUCUCACGUUCACAUUUCAAAUAAAUAAAGGGACUGAACAUACAACUAAAUAUCCUAUACUUUUAAGAGUGUUAAUAAUAAUUAUAUAAUAUUAUAAUCAAAUUAUCUCACUAGGUAGUACUAGUACCUAUUAUAAAAAUUACAAGCAGACCAUGUCUCAAGAAAGGAUAGAUAUCACACAGCCAUUAUGGGACCAGAGUACAUUUGUGGGAAGGUUCCGUCAUUUUGCAUUCAUUUCAAACCCACUGUUAUCAUUAGUACCUGAAAAAGAAUUAUAUGAAGCAAAGGAGCUUUAUUUCAAAUAUAAAGAUGGAAAGGAACCUGGCGGAACCACCAUGACUCAGCUAGUAAAGGCUAAACAAUUGUAUGAGUCGGCAUUUCAUCCAGACAGUGGGGAAUUACAGAAUGUGUUUGGCAGAAUGUCUUUCCAGAUGCCCGGUGGUUGUCUGGUAACUGGUGCUAUGUUGCAAUGGUACAGAACAGCAACGGCGGUGGUGUUCUGGCAGUGGGUGAACCAGUCCUUCAACGCGCUUGUAAACUAUACGAACCGCAACGCCAACUCACCCUUGACCACGACGCAGAUGGGCGUGGCCUAUGUAUCCGCGACCACAGCCGCCAUGGCAACUGCGCUCACCUUCAAGUUCGUGGUACAGAAACGCGCUACCAAUCCCAUUUUGGCGAGGUUCGUCCCGUUUGUGGCUGUGGCAGCCGCCAAUUGGGUCAACAUACCAUUGAUGAGGCAAAAUGAAAUACUAUUGGGUCUUGACGUAACUGAUGAAAAUGGUAAAAUUAUAGGAAAAUCUCAGUUGGCACCCGUCAAGGGUAUUUCACAAGUUGUUACUUCAAGAAUAGUGAUGUGCGCCCCUGGCAUGCUGUUGCUGCCCAUCAUCAUGGAGAAGCUGGAACCGAGACCCUGGAUGCAGAGGAUCCGCUGGGCGCACGUCGGCAUUCAGACGGCCAUCGUCGGCAUGUUUUUGACAUUUAUGGUGCCAACUGCCUGCGCGAUCUUCCCACAAAGAUGCAAAUUGUCAAUCGAUACGAUGAAGAAAUUCGAAAAGGAAAGGUACGAUGAGAUUGUCAAGAACACGGAUGGGAAGCCACCGCAAUACGUCUACUUCAACAAGGGAUUGUAGAUUCAUGCGUGAAGAUCGGAAGGUACUUGUAGAUUCAGGUGGUAAAUUGUACACCUGAAUUUGUGCAAUAGUCGCGAAUAUCAUUGUCCAUUUGAUUAGCAUAUAGGAUUAUUCAUGUAGGAAUAAUAUUGAAUAUAGGUUUGAACGUGUGACUUUUUGAAUGGUUUCCACAAUAGAAAUCCAAAUAAAAUAACAUUGUAAGGUCGUCAUAAAUAUGUCACCUCACAGGGAUUAAUAGAACACAAGCUAAAAAGUAGUGAUUUAGUAUUAAUCAGAACGGUGAAAGUGAAACAACUCGUUAAUAUCACCAUAUUUUCCGCAGUUAGAUACUGAAAUACCUAUACGUAUUCCAGUUUCAAACGCUUAAACUACAUGCAACUUUAUCUACCAGUAAAAAAAACAUUUCAUCGGUAAGUUAUAUGUUAAUAUUUUUUACUAUGAGAUUCUUUUAAUCUAGUUUAUUUAUAUUGCCGUCACCUCAGUCGUAUUAAUAUCUGAAGCGUUGCAAGCGGACGUGCUAACAAUAUAUAGUUGACAGUCCCGCACAUAUAUUUCUUUUACCUUCUUAUUUAGAUUUUUAUGCUAGUGGACAUGAUGACAGACUCAGUUUUAGAAUAUAAUAUAAUAAUAUUAUGAUUGAAGCUUAUGACCCAGAUUUGAUAUAAACAUUGAAAUUAAUAUGGAUAAGCCAUUUUAACUGACAUACGAACAUAUUUAUUGAGGAUUGUGUUUAAUGUCAACCAAAUCACUACCACAACUUCGGAAAUAAGCAGAGGUAUGAGAGAGAAGUAACGUUUCAAAAACUCUCCCAGUAUUCUUUUUCGAGCUCUGUUAAAAAUAAUAGUAUCAAUUUAAUGUAAAUAAGUACUUAACCCAAUGAUAGCCAUCGUCAUGGCUGUCUUAGAAAAGUUAUUGAAACUGUUAAUUAAUAAGUUCCGAAUUAAUCCAGUGAAUUUUAACAAGGUCGUUAUUUUUAAUUUGUUUAAUCUUAUGAAUUAAUAACAUUGUAAUAAAUCGAUAGUAAAAUGUCGGUUAUUGUGUGAAAAAACAAAACUAUUAUAUAAAAUGUUUGUUAAGAGAUGCAAGAUCCAUAAUUUCAGAAUAAAUUAUUCAACAAUGUUAAGAAUUCCUCCAGAAUGGCCGCCCAUAUCAACCUAUAACAAUAUUCUUAAUUAAUUUUGUAAUAAUUAUUGUUAACUUUUCGGGGUAUAUUUUCGCCAUCUUGGAUUUUAUUUGUUGUUAGUUGGUAUUGCGGCAAUAGUACCUAUAAUUCUAGCUUUGUGAAUACUAUCGUUUUAUAGCUCUUAGUAAUAUCACAUUCUGGUUAAGGAACUCGAAACAGUAACGUUGAUUAGGAAGAUUACAGUUGUGGUAGUAAGUAAAGCAAUGUUGUUUAAGAUAUAAUUAUUUGUGUUAGUAUUCUUGCUCAGAAGAUAAUUGUGAUUAUUUGUAUUGUUCUAAUCGAAUAUUAUCAUGUGUUUUGUGCUUAGAAUUAGGUUUAACGUUUAUCAAAAGUUUUUUAUUUACAUUGUUUUUGUUUUUAUUAGUGAUAAUUUAUUCAUAAAGAAAGAACACUUCUGUUUUAGCAUUUAGAUUGCUAAACAACUUGUUUAUAUAUUUUUUUCUGUAUAUUCUAGUAUUGAGGUGAAAUAUUUAGAAAUUAAAAAUAAUAAUUCAAAACAUGCACUAGAAUGGUGUCUUUCGGAUACAAGGUACCAAAUAUAUUAUAUUGUACCUAUAUCAAGGGCUAAAUGUAGCAAAAUAUAUACGGCGUUUCGCUGUGUAUAGUUCUAGUACUGAAUUUAGUUCAUUUCUUUCCAAAUUGAAGAAAUAUUCUAAAUUUUAGCACGGAAUUGAAAUUGGAAAAGUUGGUUUAACUUUUUCCUUUUUAAUACCUGCAUACCAUCUUCAAAUAUAUGGAUUUACACAUAGUUUAAAAACGUAAUUCAAUUAACAUACAACACUCUUCGAAAUUAAAUUUUAAUCCUAUACAGGGGGCUUAUUUUUGUAUGUAUGUUUAAGUGCAUUUUAUUCGAAUAAUCGUCGGAUCUUUUUUAUGGUUAUGUACUUAUUUAUUAUUUUGUCGUAAAUAUUGUACAUUCCAUUAUUAUAUUUUUGUAUUUUUCUUUAUUAUACAGUCAGAUGUACUGUAGUUUGUGAGAUUUUUUUUUUCGUUAUUAACUAAAACUCCACUAAUGUUCGAAUAUUUUAUUAAUUCCAUAUAAUAUAGUCGAAGUUAAAUUUUUACUCUUAAAUUUCUUUGAUCUGAUUUUCGCUAUGCAAUAAUAAUUUAAGAUCGAAACAAAAGUAUUAUUAUUAUUGUUAUUUAUAUUAUACUUAUAAUAAAUAUUCGUAUUAAUAUUUUUCAAUUUGUUAGUUGGAAAAUUAAUCCUGUUAUUUCACAGCCGUCAGACAGCUGUGAAAACGUCGAUAAAAAUUGUGUUUAGAACUAACCUCUAUUUAGAGCAAUUCACGCACACUAAUACAAAGUGUCAUAUAAAUCGCAAGUGUAAGACGUAGCUUGUCACGCACACUAAACUAAUAUUCCUGGCCUGUUUUUAUCGGUUAUCUAACAGCAAUACACUAGACGUAUAUAUUAUAUAAUAUAGAUAUGUGUGAAUUCUGAUAGUGGAAUAUGUUAUUAUGAGUAACAUGCAACCAUCAACAGUGUUCUUAUUAGAAAUCGUUAAUAUUGUAUAACUACCCGCAUCUAGCAACUGCCAUAAUUAUAUAUUAUGUUAAUUAGUUAAUAAAUAAGAGCCAUAUGUUUGUUUAUUCACUGCUUACCUACGACUUACUCGUGACAAUAAAUUACUGCUGUGAGUUCA